AUUUUUCUUCGUUUUGAUAAGUAACAAUUUCUCACGUUAUGGAGAAUGAUUAAGAUGAUGCCUUUUAAUUUUAAUUAUUUUUGUCAUUAUCUAAAGUUAUUUAGUAUUCUAUUAAGUGUGAUUAGUGAAUAAUAAUUUAUAAUACAAUCUAUAAUUAGGACCUGUUGGCAAUUGCUAUUUGAUUUCUGUACAAUGAAUUGAUUAUAAUUAUUGUAUCCCUUAAACGACUACAAAUAUAAUACAUUACCUGUAGCCCUUGAAGAACUUACUAUUAAAUUGUUUAAAAUGACAUCCAUUAUUAAAUUUUAUACGUUAUCGGGUGCUAUGGAUGAAUCGCCUCCUUGUUACUUAUUACAAAUUGAUGAAUUUAAAUUCUUAUUAGAUUGUGGAUGGGACGAACGUUUUAACAUGGGUUUAAUUAACAAAUUAAAGAGGUAUAUACAUCAAAUUGAUGCGGUUUUAUUAUCACAUCCUGAUCGCUUUCAUCUAGGCGCUCUUCCAUACCUUGUUGGUAAAUGUGGUCUAAAUUGUCCUGUCUAUGCCACUAUUCCAGUUUACCAAAUGGGUCAGAUGUUUAUGUAUGACUUGUAUCAAUCCAUGUACAAUAUGGAAGAUUUUGAUCUUUUUAAUUUGGAUGAUGUUGAUGCUGCUUUUGAUAAAGUUGUUCAAGUUAAAUUUAAUCAAAUUAUUACACUAAAAGGUAAAGGAAUUGGAAUGAGUAUAGUUGCCCUACCAGCCGGUAAUAUGGUAGGUGGAACAAUUUGGAAGAUAUCAAAAGUAGGCGAAGAAGAUAUUGUUUAUGCAAUUGACUUUAAUCAUAAAAAAGAGAGACAUUUGAAUGGAAGCGAUUUGGAAAAACUUACUCGUCCAUCAUUAUUAAUUUUAGAUUGUUUUAAUGCAGCUUACUCACAAGCUAGACGUAGAUCAAGAGAUGAAACCUUAAUGACCAAUAUUUUAACUACUCUACGUAAUAAAGGUAAUGUCUUAAUAGCAAUUGAUACUGCUGGUCGAGUUCUUGAACUGAUGCACAUGUUAGAUCAAUUAUGGCGAAAUAAAGAAUCGGGUCUUUUUGUUUAUUCUUUAGUGUUUUUGACUAAUGUUAGCUAUAACACUGUUGAAUUUGCUAAAUCACAAAUCGAAUGGAUGAGUGAUAAAUUAAUGAAAAGUUUUGAAGGAGCAAGAAACAAUCCUUUUUUUUUUAAACAUGUUAAAUUAUGUCAUAACAUGAAUGAUUUGAAUAAAGUUCCAGAACCUAAAGUUGUAUUAGCCAGCAAUGCUGAUUUAGAAUGUGGAUUUUCUCGUGAAGUUUUUCUUAUGUGGUCAUCUAAACCAAAAAAUAGUAUUAUUCUUACCCAUAGAACUGCUCCUGGUACAUUAGCACGCGAUUUAAUUGAUCGUGGUGGUAAUAGGAAUUUAAAAUUAAGAAUUAAGAAAAGAAUACCAUUAGAAGGUAGAGAACUAGAAGAAUAUAACAGAAAACAUAACACUAAGAUAUUAGAUACUGAUAAAAAUGCUCCAGAGAGUUCUGAUUCAGAAGAUGAAAUUGUACCUAUGAGAGGUAAACACGAUUUAUUAGUAGAUAUUGACCAAUCAAUUUCCGCUAAAUUUACAAAAAAAGAGGUUGCCCCUAUAUUUCCCUAUUAUGAAGAAAAAUACAAAUUUGAUGCCUAUGGAGAAAUAAUAAAGCAGGAAGAUUUCAUAAAAUUUGAUAUGAGUUAUGCAGAUGAUUUGAAUCCAGAUGGUCAAAACAAUAAGCCUGAUGAUGAUGAAGAAGAAGUUGAUCCUUAUGAUCUUCCAUCUAAAUGUGUGGAAUACGAACAAACUAUACACAUUGUUGCAAAGAUUUCUCAUAUUGAUUUUGAAGGACGUUCUGAUGGCGAAUCUUUAAAACAAAUAAUACUUUCACUUAGGCCCAGGCGAUUGUUGUUAAUACGUGGUACUGCAACGAGUACCAAGACGGUUUCAAAUUUUACUAAAGUAUUUUCAGAUAGUAAAGUUUUUGCACCUAAAGUUGGUCAGUGCUUAAAUGUUACUACUGAGUCACAUAUUUAUCAAGUGUGCUUAACUGAUACACUUCUUUCAACUAUUGAUUUUAAAAAAGGUCAUAAUGGAGAAUUGGCAUUUAUUGAUGCAAAACUCAAAUUAAAGGAGGAAGUAGCAGAUGACAAUACUAUGGAUGUUGAUGGAAUUCAACCUGACAAAUCUUUAAGAAUGGAUGAACAAUUGUAUACUCUAGAACCUUUACCAAAGUCUGAAGUACCACCUCAUAAGACAAUAUUCAUUAAUCAACUGAAACUAUCGGACUUUAAACAAAUUUUAUCCAAAAAUAAUAUACCUUGUGAACUUUCAGAAGGUGUUCUUUGGUGUUGUAAUCGUACAGUUUGUGUUCGUCGAAAUGCAUCUGGAAAAGUACUUAUGGAAGGAAUAAUUAGUCGAAAUUAUUAUUUAAUACGCAGUCUUCUGUACAGUCAAUUUAUAGUAAUAUGACGAUUGCCAAUAUUGUUAAAUUUAAAAAUACUACAUUGCAUAUUUCAUUACAUCAUUGUUAUGGACUAAUUUUAAAAUAAUUAAAUAUACUCUACCUUUUAUUUUUUAUAUUAA